GCUAAUAGCUCAUGACCCAUCCAUGGGCUGUCAUGUGACAGCCCGAACCGCCACUAUCCGGGUGGGCUGUCUGACCUUCGACGUUCCAGAGUACGUGUUUCACCAAAAUUUAUCCUCUUCCUCUGUUGGGAGUUUGUCUCCGUACUCCUCCCAAAAAAGAACAACAUCUAAAUUCAAUCCAUCAUGAAUCCUCUAAACUGAUCAUCAUCCAAAACCCUAAUCGAUUCAUCCGCGAAAAGGGUUUUUCAAAUCCACCUGUAAGAUCUAAUUCCUCUAUUUCUGUACUCAAUUUUCUUAGACUUUUUUUUUUUUGUUAACAUAUAAUCAUACAUUGAUAUAUAGUUUUUAGGGAUUUCUUGGUUGAAUUUUUGAUUUUUGAGACAUGGAUGGUAACAAAGAUGAAGCUUUGAAAUGCUUGAAGAUCGCCCAAAACGCAAUCGAAUCCGGCGAUCAAACCCGAGCUUUGAAAUUCAUAGAUAAAGCUCGUCGGCUCGAUCCCUCUCUCUCAGUUAAUGAGCUUUUAUCAAAAGUUGAUGCUCAAUCACAGUCCAACGGACCCACCAGUGAUAUUCCAUCAAAACCCUCCAACGAUGGACCUCGCCGUAGGGUUUCAGCUACUGGGUCUUCCCCAUCGUCGUCAGCCACGAAUUCGGUUGCGUAUACUGAAGAACAUAUCUCAAUUGUGAGAGAGAUUAAGAGGAAAAAGGAUUAUUAUGAGAUAUUAGGGUUAGAGAAGACUUGUAGUGUUGAGGACAUUCGGAAAGCGUAUCGAAAAUUGUCUUUGAAAGUUCAUCCUGAUAAGAACCAGGCUCCAGGAGCUGAGGAAGCAUUUAAGGCGGUAUCCAAGGCGUUUCAGUGUUUGAGUGAUGAGGAGAGUAGGAAAAAAUAUGAUGUUGUUGGGCACGAUGAGCCUGUUUAUGAAAGGCGUGCCACGAGGCGUGGAGGAGGAGAAUUUAAUGGGUUUUAUGAUCGUGAUUUUGAUGCUGAUGAGAUUUUUAGGAAUUUCUUUGGAGGAAUGCACCCAGCAACAAGAACUCAAUUUACUGGGUUUAGUUUUGGACCUGGAAUGGGUGUUAGAACUGGUAAUCAUGGACCUAGCGGGUUUAACAUUCGAGCUUUAAUUCAAUUGUUGCCUGUCAUCUUGAUAUUAUUGCUGAACUUUGUGCCGUCAUCGGAGCCAAUUUAUAAGCUUUCGAGAGUAGAUCCGUAUGUGUACAGGUUUACUACACAAAAAGGUGUCAAUUUUUAUGUGAAGUCAGGGAGGUUUGAGCAGGAGUAUCCCACUAAUAGUGGUGAGCGGGUGGUACUUGAGCAGAGAGUCGAGAAAGACUAUUAUUCAAUCCUUGCUUAUAAUUGCCAGCUUGAGUUGCAGCGUCUUCAAUGGGGUUGGAUACGGCAAACACCCAAUUGUGAUGCAAUGAAACAAUUUCAGAUGGUGGCUUGAUUACCGAAUUUAA